UAACGGCUGUGCUUCCUUCUUCCUUCCCCUUCGUGGCCGCCUCGUCUCUCUCGUCGUGUGCUGAGAACCAAACGAAGGGAAAAAAAAACUCAUCUCUCUCUCUCUCUCUCUCUCUCUCUCUCUCUCCCCGUCUCGAGUGUGAGGUUGGCGAGCGAGCGGAGUCCGCGCGAAUCCGACCGUGUUGAUCCAGCCCGAGGCGUUCCCGGAGGAGUGGAGGAGCGGCGGCGCCCGGCGGCGGCGGCGAGGGUCUUUGAUUCGGGGCCCGUCCCGCGGGAGUUGCACGGUUGGUGCUUAAUCUUUGGAUCCUGGACGUGAAGUAGGGUCGCGUCAUGGCAGGGUCCCUUGCCGCCUCGGCGUUCUUCCCCAGCCCAGGAUCUUCACCAGCUGCAUUGGCUAAAAGCUCCAAGAACACGUCCGGUGAAUUACCUGAGACUUUGAGUGUCCGUGGAAUUGUCGCAAAGCCUAACACGCCUCCUGCGGCCAUGCAAGUGAAAACUAAGGCCCAAGCACUCCCCAAGGUUAAUGGCACCAAGGUUAAUCUCAAGACUUCAAGCUCUGACAAGGAAGACACAGUGCCUUAUAGUUCUUCAAAGACAUUCUAUAACCAACUGCCAGAUUGGAGCAUGCUGCUUGCAGCUGUCACGACCAUCUUCCUGGCCGCAGAGAAGCAGUGGACAAUGCUUGAUUGGAAACCGAAGAGGCCUGACAUGCUUGUCGACACAUUUGGCUUUGGCAGAAUCAUCCAGGAUGGGAUGGUUUUUAGGCAGAACUUUUUGAUUAGGUCCUACGAGAUUGGUGCUGAUCGUACAGCUUCUAUAGAGACAUUAAUGAAUCAUUUACAGGAAACAGCUCUUAACCAUGUGAAGACUGCUGGUCUCCUUGGAGAUGGUUUUGGUGCUACUCAGGAGAUGAGUAAACGGAACUUGAUCUGGGUUGUCAGCAAAAUUCAGCUUCUUGUAGAGCGAUAUCCAUCAUGGGAAGAUAUGGUUCAAGUCGAUACAUGGGUAGCUUCUUCUGGAAAAAAUGGCAUGCGUCGAGAUUGGCAUAUCCGUGACUACAAUUCGGGGCAAACGAUCUUGAGAGCUACAAGUGUUUGGGUUACGAUGAAUAAGAACACUAGAAAACUUAACAAAAUGCCUGAUGAAGUUAGGGCUGAAAUAGGCCCGCACUUCAACAAUGACCGUUCCGCUUUAACAGAGGAGCAUAGUGACAAGUUAGCUAAGCCUGGGAGCAAAGAUGGUGGCCGUGCUACCAAACAGUUCAUAAGGAAGGGGCUUACCCCAAAAUGGGGUGACCUUGAUGUCAACCAACAUGUGAACAAUGUGAAGUAUAUUGGGUGGAUUCUUGAGAGUGCUCCAAUUUCAAUACUGGAAAAGCAUGAGCUCGCAAGCAUGACACUGGACUACAGGAAGGAGUGUGGGCGUGACAGCGUGCUGCAGUCACUUACCAAUGUCACAGGUGAGUGCACCGACGGCAGCCCAGACUCUGGUAUCCAGUGCAGCCAUCUGCUCCAGCUGGAGUGUGGAACUGACAUCAUGAAGGCCCACACAAAGUGGCGGCCGAAGAGAGCGCAGGGCGAAGGAAACACAGGGUUGUUCCCAGCUGAGAGUGCAUAAAUCUACUUCCAUUUGUCAAUCUGGGCAAGCAUGGUGUCUUAUCAAAUUGCAACGGUGGAGGAAAAAUAUUUUGUGCCGGGGAUGAGCCACAUAACAACACAUGUUCCGAUUCAGAGACCGCAACGCACAUGGUGGCAAGCAAGUUUGGGGAGAAAAAUUAACCAAUUUGGAAACCCUGGGAGGAAGGUUUUACUAAGUGAUUUGAAAGGAUUGAAGGAAAAUAGCGGCGGUGAAGAGGGACGGCAGGGGUUGUUGUGAAACUUGUGAUGCUGAUUCGAUUUGAUUGGUGACGGAGAGGGAUUGAGGCCGGAGAAGAAGAUGCAACACAGGGGUGAUGAAUAAUCUGUAGCAGCGGUAACAAGUUUAGGCGAGAUGGGUCGGCGUGUGUUGUGGAGGCAAUCCCUUGUAACAUCCCCUAGUGACUGACGGUUUGUUUGUACAUUCUUUUACCUCCUCCCCUAUCCAUCCUCUGUUGUUGUUGUUGGUGGUGGUUGAAACCGCAGCAAUGUGUUGGUACUGGACUUGAUGCUUGAGAAAAUUCUGUCCCUGGAAACGGUCCUCUGUUGCUUUU